AUGUCAUCGACCAUGACAUCGUCGCACGAGCCGACGACGACGAUGGCAGAGACGGAGCUGGACAGCGAUGGUUCGAGCUGCGGCGAGCGCGACACGUGGAAGCGCCUUCGCGGCGAUUCCGCCGACCUCAGUAUCGGAACCAAAAAACGUCGGAAGCAAGCCACACCGGUAAGAUUCUCGUCCAGCAUAGCGACAGGCGCGCAUGAGGAUGCAUACGAGGACGAGCGCGAGGACGAGGAUAGCGAAGGUAAGCCGUCAUCACGAUCGCCGUUGCUGAGCAACGAGCAUCACCAUCAUCAACACCACCAUCAUCAUGAGUCGUCGUUGAAAGACGAGAAUCUUAACAACGAGUUUCGUUGCCAGCACUGCGGCCGGUUCUUCGACAGCGACGAGACGCUCAAUGUCCACGUGGACGGUGAGCACGGUGGCGCGAGUCAGAUGACACCGUGUGUCGCUGUCAAAGUAGAACCGGCGCAGCAGCUGGAUCAGAGUAAUGAUGGUCCUGUUAGCCUCCUAAGCGUCAAGAACUUCGCGACUACGUGGCUGGCGUCCGGCAGUCAGCAACACGUGCAAUCGCAGACGCAGAUGCAAUCGCAAAGUGAGGAACCGUGGUCGGGCGGUCCGGUCAAUCAGAUCGUCACAAUGACCAAUCACUUGCAGGCGCUCUCGGGUUUUCCUGGUACUCUCGCGCAGUAUCUACCUUUACCAGGUUUUCCCCUACCCGACCCUCAGCAAGUCCCAAGAACCUCCCUCGGUCCGGUGCCGGUCAAAAUUUUUAAUCCGGACGCGUACUGCGACAUGUGCAACAAAGAGUUCUGCAACAAAUACUUCCUAAAGACGCACAAAGCCAACAAACACGGGAUCUACGUGGACUCGCCGGCGCCAAGCACGGCUGUGGACGCUACUAAUGUUUUUGGCACCACAAGCUUCCAUGCAGCAAACACGAGCGUGAAGCUGGAACCACCGACGACACCGCCUCAGAAACGUUUCCGCAACGAAGAAUCUAUGACAAAAAGGCACAAGCAAAAAAGCGAGUCAUUGAUGGAUCAACAGUCGGACAGUCAACAGAUUUCUCUGUCGCAGAACGAAGAGGACCGGGAGACGCCGCGCGAUAGUCCCGGCGGCAUGGAAGCGCUUCUUAAACAGGACUACGGCGUCGAACAGGAAGAUGCCACUUUCAUGCCGGCUCCUAGACACCUCUCGCCCCAGUCCAUUCAGCAGGCGCGCGAUUCCGGCUUCAGCGCCGAUCUCCUGCGACGUCUGGGCGUUAUAAAUCCCGAGGCGUUUUGUGAAAUCUGUUGCAAGGAAUACUGUAACAAGUACUUUCUACGCACGCAUAAGAUGAAACGGCAUGGAAUCGUCAUACAAGAUAACGAGAAGUCACCUGGCAAUCCUGGUACGGCCAUCGCCACGUGGCAUCAAGUGCAGACCAGUCCGUUGAACCUAAUCGUAACCGAUACUACCCCCGCGGGUUCGGAGUCCAACGAUCGCAUCGGCGAAGAGCACGAGUGCAAAUCUUGCGGUAUCCGCUUCCAAACAAUCGACUUAUAUCAGGAGCACUGCAGGAAGAUACACGAGAGCGAAGAACAUGGCACGCCAAAACAAGAAUAUGAUGUAGAAAGUUCCGAUCAGCGUACCGAUUCGAUCUCGGAGGAUCUUCAAAAGCUGCAGACGAUGAUUAUGCAAUUAAACGGGUUGGAUUCUUGCAAAGGAUUAUCCUGCGCCGUCUGCGGCAAAGAGUGCGACUCUAGGUCGGCUCUACGCGUUCAUAUGGCGACCGAACACAGUGUCGUUAAUGAUGAAAUUUCGUCGCCGCAAGAGACGUCGCCUACCCAGCUCAUUUCGACUAUUUUCUGCACUCUGUGCGAGAAAGAUUAUCCCAGCCAGGAGGCUCUGAGAAGACACAUCAGCGAAGAGCAUCAACCUGUCGUGACCAACGUUAUUACGCUAUCGACACUUCCGCCGAUAGUAAUCGCUUCUUCCGCUAAUUCAACACCAACCAAUCAGAUUUUAAGCAGUCAAACGACGAUGACGACGACAACGACGACGACGAUGACGGAGAAGAAAAUGACAUCAAUGACGCCUACGUCUAGCUAUUGCGAAAUAUGUAACAAGGAGCUGUGCAACAAAUAUUUUAUGAAGACACACAUGCAACGAAUGCACGGUAUCGAAAUUGAAAAUGGUGCACAGAUCGGCGGUGUUAUCUGCAAUAUUUGCAACAAAGAAUUGUGCAGCAAAUAUUUUUUACGCGUUCACAAGCACAAUACUCACGGGAUCGUCGAUGAAAGCACGUCGUCGGCAUCGACGUCGAACAAGCAAGAGUCUUACGACGCUUCCGGCACAGAAGAUUCAGUUUUGAAGCAGGAACUGGGCGACCUUAGUCAUAAAUACUUUAUUCACUUCACCGAGGUGUGUCCGAUCUGCAGCCGAAGGUUUCGCAGCAUCAAGUGGCUGAAAGCCCACCUGAUGGGUGAUCAUGGCAAAGUUGGAAUUGACAAAUGGCGCGAAUUAGAACAACAACAUCAAGAGACGCCCAGAACCAGCGGCAAAAGUGUCGCUUCGGUAAAGAAUAUCCAGCAAACGUCAAAUUUGAAAAUUCCCAAUGGCUUCGAGAUUAUUCAGCAAGUCAAAUCGACCGAUUGCACGAAUCUGGGAAAUCAAGUGUUGUCAAAUCUCUUUGGUUCUUCAUCCGAGGAACAUCAGCUGAAAAAUUAUCGUUGCGCUUACUGUAACUUUGCGACCUCCGUGCUGCCGUUACUCUUCCUUCACGAGCGAUCACACGUAAGUUUUCAGGAAAAUGUCGAAGGUGAUCGACCGUUGCAGUGCCCGAUCUGCUUGCAGGACUUCCAUCAACUAGAGCUACUUCAUCAGCACUUACUCGCUAAGCAUCAAAUCCCCAAUUUGCUAUCGCACUUUCAGCAUCCUCUUCUAAACAACUUGAGAUCGGAUGCUGAUGUCAAAGCGAGCGACGCUAAGAAAGCCGAACAAGAUACAAAGGACAAUCGAGCGGAAUGCAGUCCGCAGAUCGAUCGAAAUAUUUCCGAGCCCGCAAAGAAUCAACGGCAGGAUGAAACCGCCGUGCAGGUGACUGCUCAUGGCGCAUACAAGUGCGCUCAGUGCGGUUACGCGACGACGAAUCUAAAUCGGAUUAAGAAACACGUGCGAAAAGAUCACAAAUUGAUCGGCGAUCCGACGGAGAGCGUGAUCGCCGAGCUCAGUAAGACUCUGAAAGAUGUGGCAAAUAAGCAGAAGGUACCGGCUUGUUACGCGAUGCCGCAGGACAUGAACUCGAACCCUGAUAAAACUAUCAUGCAACCGUUCCUGAUCGAGGAGCAGGAUCUGAUGCAGGCAGGCGCCGAGUCCAGCUCGACGAAGAGAUUCGCACCAGCUUUAGUCUACUUGCCGGUCAAAUCUAGAAUCAGCAACGCCUUGACCGCUUCCUUCACUCUCACCCCCGCCUGA